AUGCUUACUGCUAUGCCUCGAGAUAUUAGAAAGAAAACAAUUUCUACAAAGGAAAUGCUACAAGUCAUGAAUGAUAUGGGGAAAAGAAUUUUGGAUGCUGGGGACUAUGAUCUCCAAGUUGCCAUUACUGAAGCAUUAUGCAGAAUGACGUCAGAAAAACAAAGAAGAGAGCUGGCAAUCCAGUGGUUUCCAAUGGAUUUUGUCAGCAGUGCAUUUAAACAAAUUAAAGAUUCUGAGUUUGAAACAGACUGCAGGAAGUUCCUUAACAAAGUUAAUGCCAUGCUUGGAGACAAAAGAAGGGUAUUUACCUAUCCUUGUUUAUCAGCUGCCCUUGGUAAACAUGAGCUACAGAUGCCAGCAGAUGAAAACCUUGAAGAAUGUUGGAUUGACUUUAACGUUGGUAGUAAAAGUAUAUCCUUUUAUGUUGCUGCAGAUGAUGAAGGUCAACAGUGGGAAACUGUGUGUAUACCAGAAGAAGAUGUUAGGACCUACAUAAUUGAAGAAAAAGAAAAAGAGAAAUUGUUAAUGGUACAUCUAAACAACCCAAUGUCAGUUGGUGCCCAGGAAGGGGAGAAAAUAAUCUUGCAUUUCGAUUCUGCAUUGGAAAUUAUGGAUGCAGUAAGAAAAGUUUAUGAAGCAUCAAAAUGUCAGGGGUUUACAAGGAAGAAUACUGUGUCAGUUGCAAAAACAACGGUACAUGUAGUUUUUGAUGAAAGUGGAUCACAGGUUCUUGUACCAGAAAGUCAGAUAUCACCUAUGAAAGAGAAAGAAUGUAAAUUACAGGAAGAAAAAAAUAGUUUCUCCUCUCAACAUCAAUAUCCUCAGGCAGAGAUAAAUCUAAGUAAAAAAACAACUGAGAUGGACUUCCAAACAGGACAAACCAAGACCACCCCUGGUAAAAGGAAAAUGUCUGAGGCAUCAAUGAUUGUGUCAUCCACUUCCAGGUUUUCUGUGCAGAGUCCAUUUCCUAUAAUUAAUACUUCAACUCCACGAAAAGGGAAGAUUAAAACCCCACUUCAGAUGAUGAGUUUAGUGGAAAGAAAUGAAGAUUUCUCAGUACCUGAGACAAGAGCUAUGAAGACUGGCCGAGAAGACAAUUGUGCACCUCUAUUUUCUGCAACCAAGGCUCUUAAUAGAAAUAAUUCUGUUGAGAAGAAAAUGAAAAAUAUAAUCUACAGUGAAGAAGAUCUAGAUAUUAAUGGAAAGCAAAGUUUAGAUGAGUUAAGUGAUAUUGUUCCUGAUUCCCAACCACCAAUAUACAAAAGUGACAAAUCAUUAUUGCCUGGCCUUUCAAACAAUUUUGUUGAUGAAAUUAAAACUCAGAAAAAAACAAAGUGCUGGAUACCUGAAACAGUAAUAACUCAAUGUCAACAUAUUACUGCAUCAGAAACUGCUAAUCGAAGUGACAGAGCUGCUAAGCAAAGAGCUUUUGCUUCAAUAUUUGAAAUGUCUUGUUCGGAGUUAAGAAAUAAACAGCAUUGCAGAGGCAAAAUCACAGAGGAACAACACAGCAAAACCAAUAAUAUACCAGAUUCACAAACCUGUUUUAAGCAUUUGGAUGAGAAAAUACCAAAAAGUAAAAGUAGAAAGAGUGUUUCCAACACAUCUGAAAUAUCACUUCCUGCUACCAAAAAGAAUAAUAGUUCUCUAACAACUUCAAGGCACUCCAAAUCAAUCUCUGAAAUGAAUGAUCAUGAUAUUAGAUUGAAUAUAUCACCUUCUGCAAAAGAGACUGCUAAUAAGAAAACUGAUCAAAAAACAAAAUCAAAAGAUGUUAUUGAAGCAGCAGAAAUGUUAAUAAGUAAAAUCAGCAAAAGAUAUAAAGAAAAGAAUGGCAUAAAAAAUACAUCAAAAGUGUGCCAGUCAUUUUCUGAUCGGAGUGAUGAUGUCUAUGACUUUAAUCGAAGUGGAUUUGAUGAACCUACAAUAAAGCUUGGAGGCAGGACAAAAAGAAACUACAAGCAUCUUUUUAGUGACACAGACACCGAAUAUAGAGGUGAUGAUACCAACACAGAAAUUAGCUGGUUAAGGGAAUCAAAUAGAAAGCCUAAACCUCAGCUCAAUGAUAACGGUGAUGGGGAAAGAACACUACUGACCAGAUCAACAAAACUCAGAAAAGCAGCACUAGCCAAAAAAUGUUACAAAGAACUCUCAAGUUCAGGGAUAGAGAGUGAAGAGGAAAUUUCUGAAUAUUUGCAUAAGAAGAACACUUCAAAUGAAUAUCCAGAACAUAAAAUCACAGCAAAAUCUAGAGCUGUUAAUCAACCCAAGAUACAACAACAUACAAUUGCCAGUGAGGCAGUCAGAGGAAAAUUGAUAAAUCAGCCCCAAAGAUCUACUAAAGCAAAAGAUGACAUGACAAAAAACCAAAUGGAAUUACCAUCAUCUCUUUCAUCUGGGAGUCCACCUUUCUCUGAGAUAAUGAGAUGUUAUGAGAAACAUACAGAAGAAUCUACUGAAGAGCACAUAUCAGUGAGAAGGUCGUCCUUAUCGUCCUAUCUUGAAGAAUUAACACCUGAAAAGGAGAAAUCACUAGAAAAUAUUAAAGAAGAUUUUAUUAUGGGAAAAAUUAAUUCAGAGAAUGAACUAUUGGAGGAUCUUCCUGAAAAGGGAAGAAAACUGGUAUUUGAAACGGAGGAUCUCUCACCUGUGAUAAGUCCGCUUUCUUUGGGUUCUUUAUCUCCAUUUCAAUUAACCACACCUUGCAGAAGCAGAGAAGAAUUACAGCAUGAAGAAUGUUUUACCGAUGUACAUGAAUCUGGACCUACAAUACAUCCUAAUUUCAAACGACUAUAUCAAGAAGAUACAGAAAAUUAUUCCGAUGAAGAAGAAAUCAGGAGGGAGGAAAGGAAAAUAAAGCUUAUCCCUAGAAAGUUAUUCAAAGCAGAUGAUAGUACUUACAGAGUAUCUGAAAACUUAUCUACAUUUUCUAUCCAUGAGACAUCUCCUUUUGAUGGGGAAAGCUGUUCAAAUGUAGAAACAAUUUGUCAGACGCUUCAUAAGGAAUUUGCUAGGAAAAUACAGAUCCAGACAGCUGGAAAAUCUUCAUUCCUGCCUCCUGAAAGAGCUUGA